UUCAAAAUAAACAGCGACUGAACAUGACAUAGGUCUAGGCCUAGUAUUUUUAGUAAGAUUUUCAGGUCGGGAGCUUCAGGUCUUGUAGCCAGCAUAUUUUAUUUUCCGAAAUCUUAAAAAAAUUGAUUGUUCAUUAUCCCAAUUCCAGCUCAUUUGUUGAUGAUGGGAGAAGUAAACAAGAAAAAUGUUCUCACUUUGCAUAACAAGAUUUCAUCACCAAACACUGCAACACUUUUACUUGUUGGUGCUGAAGGUUUAGGAAAACACAAAUUUGCAUUGUCAAUCAUGUCACAGAAAGCGCCAUUUUCAUUGCAGAUUCGUACAGCUACCAGUCUUCCAUUGCCGCCAGACCAUGAUAACACCAGACCAAAUAUAGAUUAUGUCAUUUUUAUCCUUGAUUUAACAAACAGAAUGAGCAUCAGCAAUGUAGAAGCCUCUGUGAAGACCCUCGAUUGCGAGUAUUUCCUGGGCCGGUCAUGUUGUGUUGUUCUCCAAGCCAACAACCCAAGCCUGCAUGGCGCUGAUAUCAAGAACAUCACAGGCCUGUGUGAUGCCUAUCAUAUGCCUAUGUUUUGCGCAAGUUUUGACGAGGAGAAAGACCGGAAGUGCAUAUCACAGAAAGUUUUAUCCAUGCUACAAGUGGCAUGCGGCACAAGGAAAGGGGUCUCCCCCAUGCUCAUUGAUGCUACUCGACGCUCAUUUGCAUUUGAAGAAACAUUAUGAUGUCAAUGUACUUUAACAUUUUCCCAUAGUUCUGAUAAAGUGAAAUAUGAUGUAAAUAUAUAAAGUCUGUACUGGCAAAACUCAUGUAAACUUUGUAAAACCAAUACUUUGUAUUUAUUUCUAUUUAGUUUUGUUUUUGCCAAUGGUUUGUGUAGGAUUGCCUUCCAAUGUUAAAGAAUUAGGCAAAGUUCUGAUGGUGUCUUCUGGGCAUUCAAGUGUACAGUACUUUAACAACUGUAAAAUUAAAGCCAAAAAUAUAUGUAUAUAAAUAAAACAACAAAGAAUUUAUUAA